GCUCGGAGUCUCCCGGGCCGCCGCCGCCGCCGGCCGCUGCCCCCGGCCGCUGCCCCCGGUCCUGCCCCCGGGGCAGUUGUGGUCCGGAUGUCUCCCCCUGCGUCCGUGUCGGUGUCCCCGGCGGCGGACCUGGUGCUGGGCGCGUCGGCCUGCUGCCUGGCCUGCGUCUUCACCAACCCGCUGGAGGUGGUGAAGACGCGCCUGCAGCUGCAGGGCGAGCUGCGGGCCCGGGGCUCCUACCCGCGCCUCUACCGCGGCGUCCUGCGGGGCCUGGGGGCGGUGGCCCGAGCCGACGGGCUCCGGGGGCUGCAGAAGGGGCUGGGGGCCGGUCUGCUCUACCAGGGCCUCAUGAACGGCGUCCGCUUCUAUUGCUACUCCCUCGCCGACCAGGCCGGACUCACCCAGCUGCCCGGGGGCGCCGUGGCCGCCGGGGCCGGGGCCGGGGCCCUGGGGGCCUUUGUGGGCAGCCCGGCUUACCUGGUGAAAACCCAGCUGCAGGCCCAGACCACUGCCGCCAUGGCCGUGGGACACCAGCACAAUCACCAGAGCAUCUCCGGCGCCUUUGAGACCAUCUACCGGCGGCAAGGCUUCGUGGGGUUGUGGCGGGGGGUGAGCGGGGCCGUGCCCCGGGUCAUGGUGGGCUCCUCCGCCCAGCUGGCCACCUUCGCUUCGGCCAAGGACUGGGUCCAGGAGCGUCAGUGGCUCCCAGAGAACAGCUGGCUGGUGGCCCUGGCAGGGGGCAUGAUCAGCAGUGUGGCGGUGGUCGGAGUCAUGACGCCAUUCGACAUGGUCAGCACCAGGCUGUACAACCAGCCCGUGGAUGAGAUGGGCAGGGGAGUACUGUACCGAGGCUUCCUUGACUGCUUCGUGAAGAUCUCCCAAAAGGAGAGCAUCCUGGCCUUCUAUAAGGGUCUGGGCCCCGCCUACCUGCGCCUGGGACCCCACACCAUCCUCAGCCUGCUCUUCUGGGACGAGUUUCGCAAGCUCAUCUGCCACUACCAGAGCCAGGGCUUCUAGGGCCCGGCUGUGGACCGCAGGUGCCUGGGCCCUGGCCCCAGUCGGGGAGGAGAGAGACCCUUGGGGCCACCCCAGACAGAGGGGUUCUCAAGACCGAGAUCCCCGCUCCAUCCCUCUCCACAGAUUUCCCCUCCAGCUGGGUCGUUCGGCUGCCCAGGCAGCGGGGAGGGAGCUGAGGGCAGAAGAGGGGCAAGCAGAGUGGAGAACCAAAGAGCGACGGAGAUGAGAGAAAGAGAACCCCUGCUCCGUGAGCAUGGCCAUUUCUUGCUGACCCCUGCCAUGGCCACCAGCACCCAGACCUGGUGGGAAAGAAGCCAUGAGCUAGGAGAGUUGAGAUGAUCUGGGCAAAGGGGUAAGAACGGUGCUUGGCACAUAGUAAGCGCUUCCAUCAUCGUCAUCAUCAAAGGGGAGGCGAGCCUGAGGAAGAAAGGGGAAGAGCAAGUGAAGGGGAUGAGGGGCUUAAACAAAACCUGUUGGAGCAAUGAGAGCUUGGUAGGUGGGGGUUUGGAAGGAAUGUGGGGGCCUGGGGUUGCCUUGGUGCAGAAAGGUUGGAGGAGCAGAGGGAGGGUGCUCUGCACCCAGUAAGCGCUUAAUAUGAUUGAUUUGAGAGGAUAAGCGGGCCCUCUUCAUCCCCUACACUGUGCCGGCUCCCGGCCUCGCUGCAGGCAACACGCAGCCCGAGCACACUCCAGGCCAGGAAUAAAGUUCUUUAUUUUGUUUAAUUUUAAGCCCUCCCUAUUGAGUUUUCUUUUUCCUUUUCUCGUAACGUUGUCUCCGUUCUUCGCCGCUCCCAGAGGCGGUCCGGAGAGGGAACUCAUCCUUCGUCCUCACCCAAGCGCUUAGCUUUCAGUCCCUUAAUUGGAAAGAUCGCCGGCUCCCGUUUACCCGGGUCCCGGGUCGUGCCUUUUCCUCACCCUGCUGAUAUUAGAGAAGGUUCUCAAGCUCGACGUGCUUACAGAAUUUGCCAGGAGAACGAGCCAAGUUGCCCCUAGUCCUCAAGCCCCUUUCCUAGGUCCUCCUGAGCACGGCUUAAACAUUAAAGGGUUAAUGUCACUUCUGCAGAA